AUGUCCAACUCCAAAAUAACAAGUAUUAUAGCACACAUAGACCAUGGAAAAACCACACUACUCGAUAGCAUCAUUGCAUCCACUGGAUAUUUUUCAAAGUCGCUGGUGGGCAGUCUUAGAUACUUAGACAGUAGAGCAGAUGAGCAAGAGCGUGAAAUAACGAUGAAGCUCAGCCCAAUAAAACUCAGCAAUGGGCAUGUGUUCAUUGACACUCCUGGCCAUGUUGAUUUUGAAAAUUUGCUCUUCAGCUCCUCUAUCCUGAGUGAUAACCAUAUAAUUCUAGUUGAUGUGAAUGAGGGAAUAACACCACGAACCUACAGCCUAGUAAAAUUCAUAAAUAGAGACAGAUGUGUACUCGUAAUCAACAAAAUAGACAAGUGUUCCGACUUUGAAACAGUAGACCUCGUUCUAAUGCAGAUUAACGGGAUGCUGGGUGAAGAAGUCUUUGGAUGGCAAAGGAAUAAUAUAGUUAUAAGCUCGGCAACGCUAGGCGCAGGGAUGUCCCAUGGAACAUUUAGAUUUUCGCCCAAAAAUACUCUACAGCAAGCUUUUAAGACCUUUAAAACUUUGAAUGCCAAGAUUGAUAAAAACGAUGUUGAUCAAAUCAUUAAAAAGUAUGGCAUCAAGUUCGCAAACAAAAAGAUAAUUUUCAGCACAGUGAUGCCACUCUACGAAGCCAUAUUUAACACAGUGGACCAUAUCUAUGAACGCAUUGAUUUGAGCGUCUUGAAACCAUUGAAAAUAGAUGAGUCAUCCAAACUAAACACCACAGACGUUAAUGAGCCUGACUGGUUUAGAAUAGACAAUGAGCUUUUCAGUGUUUCGUUUGAAAAUAGACCGUCUUUCUAUGGUAUUACAACAUACGGCGUCCUUAGGAACCGAAAUGAAUUCAAAAGAGAAAAUGUGAUCCAGUUGAUGAAAAUACUUGGUGGAAAAGUCACAAAAGGUGAUAGGCUGUACUCGUGUUCUGACAAUGAACAAAGGUAUGUAGUCCUGGAUGAGAUUUAUGAUUUCUCCAUUGAUGGCUAUACAAAGGUAAUAUCUUUUGAAGGCCCUGGCUUGGUCUACGUUGGUGGAGACUUUUUGAAGAAUUCAAUUAUAUCAACGGAGCCGGCAGUCUUUUCACUUAAAAGAGUCCCCACUCCAUUUUUCUGUUCAAGGCUGAUUUUGAAGGAUCUUGCAAAAAUAGACGACCUGAAAUCAGUUAUACGUGCUAUAUCGUUUACCGAGCAGAAUCUCAAGGUAAAGCUCAACAAGUUUUCUGAGUUUGAAUUUAAAUGCAGUGGGAAUGUCCAGUUCGAGAAGAUAUGCUAUGACUUGAAAGAGUGCGGAUUCGACUUCAUGACUAAGGAGUCGAAGAAAGAGUUUAGAGAAUUUGCAACGAAAAUUGCUAAAAUAAAGUGUGCAGAUGCAUCCAUUGGGCUAGAAGUUAUUAUUGGGCCGAUUUCGUUAUUUGAUAAAAGCCUUAAAGCAGAGCUGGGCAUUAAAGACCAAGAUCCAAGGAUUAAGUUUUCUGAACCAAAAAACAAUAUUUAUUGCAUCGAUGGUGAAAAUGACAACCACAUAAUCGAAAGUGUCCUGGAUAUUUUCACAGACUCUGGACCCGUUAUAAAAGAAAGGAUUAUCAAUACAUUUUUCUAUAUAAAGUCCAGUAAAGACAUGAAUAUUAUGUUUUUCAAUACAUUGAAAAAUGCACUCUCAGAUCUUUAUCUCCAGACAGACCCAUCAAUAUGCCCACUCUGCCUUUCUAUACUGUUCUCUGUG